UCAGUGUCAAACCAGUCUUGAAUCAUGAAAAGUGCGAACGUUUGUUUGAGCACGUCCUACGGUUUCGUCUUCGGUGAAUUUAACUCUACUUUCACCACUUUGUGAAUACUCAUUAGUAUCAUUCUUAAAUGUGCUGUGAUAGAAUACGGUCGUCUACUUAAAAUUUACUUAUUAGAAAUACUCAUGCCAUGGCGAAAGUCGCUUCCGAAAUGGCAUACAGAAAUUAUUGUGUAGUGUUUAUAAUUUUCGCUCUAGUGAUAGUUCAAGCUGUGGGUUACGACACCGAGUUGUAUGAAACAAAGCCUUGCGACAGCAAUGCAUGCUUUGACGAGCUCCACGGGUCUUUAGGCGACUGUUCGUGCAAUGUUGACACCAUCGAUUACUUCAAUAACGUGAAGGUUUUCCCGCGCCUCCAGAGUCUGGUGAGGAAGGACUACUUUCGCUUUUACAAAGUGAAUUUGAAAAAAGAAUGUCCAUUCUGGGCGGAUGACAGUAAGUGUGCUAUGAGGUACUGUCAUAUUAAAACCUGUUCCAAGGAGAGUGUGCCUGGAUACGAGAAUGGUUACGAGAACGAUCACUUGGACGAGACUCCAGUGACCAAGUACACGAAGGAGGCGCAAGGCAACUGUGGCACUGACGCCGACCACGACCAUGACCUAGGCUACUUGAACAUGACCAUCAGUGCUGCCAGUCAACAUGAAAUCGCCAAAUGGAAGGCCUAUGACGACGCUCUGGAGAACUUCUGUGGCUAUGAUGACAAGGAUGUUGAUGCUGAAUAUGUGGACUUGUUGUUGAACCCUGAGAGAUUCACUGGCUACAAGGGACCCUCAGCUAACAGAAUCUGGAAGAGCAUAUACCAGGAAAAUUGUUUCCGGCCAAAGCCUAACCCAUACAGCUCCUUCCCAUUUGUAAUGACAUCAGAUUUGGGCAACAUGUGCUUAGAGAAGAGAGUUUUCUACAGAGCUAUAUCUGGUCUGCACACCAGUAUAAAUGUCCACCUCUGUUCCAAAUACUUGCUCUUUGAGAAGGGUGCUGGUUUCACUACUGAUGGAGAAUGGGGCCCAAAUCUUGAAGAGUUCCAACGCCGUUUUGAUCCCUCACAGACCUUUGGGGAAGGUCCCAAUUGGUUAAAGAAUUUAUACUUUGUUUACUUGUUGGAGAUGAGAGCUUUAGCCAAAGCUGGUCCUUAUUUAGAGAAGGAAGAAUAUUACACUGGCAACCCUACUGAGGAUGAGGAGACACGGCAGGCCAUCCACAACCUACUGAGUGUAAUUUACUCCUUCCCUGACCACUUUAAUGAGUCAUCAAUGUUUAACGGAGGAAGUCAAGCAGCAAAAUUGAAGGUGGAGUUCCGAGAGCACUUCCGUAAUAUCUCAAGGAUAAUGGAUUGCGUUGGGUGCGACAAGUGCAAGUUGUGGGGCAAGCUGCAGACGCAAGGUCUUGGAACUGCACUGAAGAUACUGUUCUCUAGUAAAUGGAACAGUCCUGAACCUGAUCCGAACCAGGGCAAGCUGCCCGUCAGACACAAGUCUCACGAGAGGCUGCAGAGGACGGAGGUUGUCGCACUGUUUAAUGCAUUCUCCAGACUUUCGGAGAGUAUACGACAAUUGGAGCAGUUCCGAGUAAUGCUAAGCUCGCAAAGAGAAGGAGAACAAAAGCAACCGUUAUUCGGGAGUAUCCGGGAUAUGAAGUGAGAAGAAUAGACAAAUAGUUCUAGAAUAAUCUUAUUGGCGUUAUUGGGACUUAGAGUAAUUCCAUGUUCCUUCAAGUCACUCUGUUUUGCGUUAGGGACUUAAUUAAUUGUAGAUGAAAGGACGGGAGGAAUUGCCCUACUCGGUUUACGAGUACGGGAUUUUUAAGUAUAGUAUUUAUUUAGAAUAGUCUAUCCUGACUUUAAACGGAGUGUAGACUGUUUUUUAUUUUUUGUUUUUACUUUUUCUAAAGUACUUUUUUACAGCUACUCUUGUAUCAGAAGUAAGACAAAUUCAGAGGCAGACUUCCUAAUACUCUUUCAAAGUGAAAUUAUCAAAAUAUUGUCAUACUCAUUGUUAUUGAAAUUAUAAAUAUUCGACUAUUUUUCAUUCUAUUUUUGUUACUUCUUUUUUAUCUUCAUAGUUAAGUGUUAGUUGACUUCCUUAUAACGCCAACCUAUUUUAAAUUCAUCACAAGACUUAAAUAUUUAUUGAAAUACCCAGUGAAGUGUUGAGCUUAAUAAUUUUUAUAUAGGGCAAAGCUGAACAUCGUUGAGUAUCGAUUUCAAAUCCCAGUCGUGUCGAUAAUCGUAGAGUAAUUGUGGAAACCUAUUAUUUUAAUGUCGGUUGACGUGUCGUGUUCGUUACUCAUUAUAAUGAAUAUGGCCACUGACACGCCACUAUUAUUUGUUUUUAAUAAGACACUAAUGACAAUUAUGUAUCUUUUUCAUUUUCAAAUCAGAGCAAAACGAUCAAUUCUUAAUUCAAAUAUUAAUUGACCAAUAAACACAAGGUCGCUGAUUUUUUUUUUACAUUCUGACGUUUGGAAUAUCGAAUGAACAAUACAUGAACAAUAUAGGUCUUCCAAAAUUAAAAUUCUAAAUUCUAUUUCUUUUUUCUUGCCCCGGCCUUCAGAUGUUCAGCUUUGCCCUUUAUUUUGUGUCAUGUUUAGACUAAGGUUAAAUGAUAAGUAAUUAAUUUAAAACUGAAAAACAAGGCAUUUGGACACUCAUUCUGUUAUUCCAUUCUUGUGUAGCCUGUAUUACAAUACUGUAUUUAUUUGGAUGACCAGUAUAAUCGGGACUA